AUGUCUAUCUUUCUCUUUUAUUCUCGGUUUCGUUUCCCUCUUUCUAUUUUUAUCUUUUAUACUCUAUCGCUAUCUUUUUCUAUUAUUCUCUAUUUCCCCGAUUUCUACUUUUAUUCUCUAUUUCACUCGUUCUUGAUUCCAAUUUUAUUCUCUCUUUCUCUUCCUUUUAUUUUUCGUCUUUCUCGUUCUAUUUUUCUCUUCUUAUAUACCUCUUUCUCUUUCAUUGUAUAUAUCUCCCUUUUUAUCUUCCUUUCAUUGUCUAUCAUUCUCUUCUUCUUUUAUUCCCUAUUUUUCUAUAUCCCUCUUUUAUUCUCUAUCUCUGAUUUUCUAUCUUCUUUUUUUAUUCCCUCGUUCUCUUUUUCCUCGUGCAUUAUCUAUCCCUCGCUUUCUCUUUUAUUCUCUAUAUCUCUCUUUCUAUCUUUUCUCUUUUAUUUCCUAUCACUCUCUUCCUCUUUUAUUUUCUAUCUUUCGAUUUCUGUUUUUCUCUCUUUUUUUUUGUCAUCUCUCUCUUUUAUUUUCUAUUUCUCCAUUAUCUCUUUUAUUCUCUAUCUCUCCUUUUCUCUCUCUCUCUCUCUCUCUCUCUCUCUCUUCUUACAAUUAUUCUUCCCCUUUUCCUUUAUUAUAACACAACACAACGUCUUUUUAUCUUCCCCUGUUUACUUUUAUAUGCACAGGCGCCAUUCUCUUUCUUUUUACACUUGUUCUUCUCGCUUUCUGAGUAUUCCUCUUUUCUUUUUUUUCAUCUUUCCAUUUCACCUCUUUAUCCCUUUCCUCGCCCCCUCAUUCAUCUUCUUCUAUUCUCUGGCUUAA